UUGUUCACGGAAUCGCUAGCGCAAGCGACAUUUUGGCAAAUACUGGCUUCGGUGUUGUGAUUUCUGUCACGGUUCUCGCUUCUCGUCACAUUGACGCAUUGCUUUGGACCCAUUGCCAACCGCGGGUGCACUCUCUCGGAGGAGGAUGGUUCGGGUCCAUUCUCGUCGCGUUUUGACUCCAGCUGCGCAAAUACCUCCGAGAUUUCAGCCUGCAAGAGAAAGUGAAAAGAAAAUGCACUUAUCAUUUGUGAUCUUGUUCCCCAAUGCGACGGAAAUAAUGUGAUUAUUACAGUGGGAACAUCCGUCCCAAGUGCAAAGGUGGGACAAACGAACAAAUGUAAUUAUGGUAUCAUGUGUGAUUUGCGUCCUUCUGAUGGCGUUUGACUGGAAAAUUGGAUACGGACGGCGUGCGUCUGCUGCGAUCCGUCUCCGGCGGAAAUGGAAUCCAUUUAAAAGCCAUCCUCCGGUGAAACUUCCACAGUAGAAUUUCACACGCAGACCAUAAACCAUGCCCAUUUCAAGCAGUAAAAUUCUUCGCGAAUAGUUUGUCGGAUUUUGCUAUCAUCAAUCAUCUGUAACUUAGGCGAACUCGAGUGAAUCGACCGCAACAUGAAGGCCUCUAUUUCUCUUGGAGUUUGUGUGCUGUGUUGUUUAGUGGCCCUUAUUGCAGCAGGACCAGGCGUUGUUGCUUUUGAAUAUGAACAGAACGAUAAACAUCCGACGACAACCAAAAACAAGCCAAACUCAGCAAAGUCUGCCAAUUAUGGCACAGACGAAAAUAAUCUUGAACCUGUUUUGGAAUACGUUCCAAAUGAACAACCUAUGAAUGGGCACCAAUACGAGAAGAGAGAAACCGUGACUCAUCCGACUACGAUGGAAGUGCUUCAACCGGACUUACAGCAGCACCUCCGCGAUCGAAGAUUGCCACUCUAUAUUGAUGAACCCAAGUACAUUGUACUAAGACGGCCGACAGAUUUCCUGCAAUCGAGCCCAGGGUUCUCGUUUAUUCCCCAGCGAGGAAGGAAAUCUGAUUCAGCUGCACUGCUAAGGAAGCGAGAGCUCUCAAUCAAGCAGAUGCUCGACGGGGGCGAUUAUUUUUUCCCCAACCGUGGCAAGAAAUGGGUCGGCAAUGGGAUCACUAAAAAGGUGAAAUUCGAUGACAUCCUCGGUUCGGAUGAGCUGUUCAUUCCCAAUCGAGGAAAAAAAGAAUUACUCGACCUGUAUCCGCCACCACCAACGCUGCUCAAUGGACGACGCCUGCUGAACGAUCUGCAACCAUUCUUCAGCAAAAAGAACGUUUUAGGCGCUAUCCAGAAAGUGGGCUCUAAGGAUCAAAACGAAGGCGAUGAACUCUUCUUUCCGACUCGGGGCAAGAAGAAUAUACUGGAUAGUUUGGCACAGAAUCAGGACGUAUUCUUCUCUUCACGUGGCAAACGGAAUCCCAUCAUCUGGAGUAUGCUUACCGAGCCAGAGGCAAAUUCAUGGGAAUACUUGCUGAAUGAAAACAGCAGCUAUGAUGGCAACCUACUACUCGAUCGCUAUCGCAAUAAUAAGGCUAUCGCGUAAAAAACGCCAAAUCAACAUCAGCAACGAAAACAAAUUAACGGGGGACUGACGUGUUUCAUGAAUUAAUUAACCUGCUUGUUGGAGAGAAAUGAGUUUUCUUUUGAAACAUGAUGAUAACAUAUUCAUAGAAGUGAUACUUCAGAGAUUGGAAUAAAAUAUUUAAAAAAAAACGAGGCAAAU